UUUUUUUUUUUUUUUUUUUUUUUUUUUUGGUGGUUGUUCUUUUUCUGGUCAAAACAUCCUAAGUUCACUUAAGCCAACCAAUAAGAUCUCAGUAAUUGCAUAGAACUCACAUGGCUGCACGUGUUUAGCUCACAUCUCAAUCACAUUUCUGUAAAGUAAAGAAAAAUUAUUCUUUGGGUUUAAAUAUUUUAUUAUUUUUAUUAUGAUUAAUAUUUAUUUAUUACUAUACUAACUUUUGUAGUAAUUUUACAUAGGAUUAUUCAUUGUUUGUGGAAACAAUAAUGAUUGUGUUGUAUGUAACGCCGGCCUCCUUAGGCCUGCGCUGCGCCUACGUAGAAUAAAACAUCCCACACUCAUUUGAGAGAACCGCAACUCGAAUAACUUUAUUUUAGGGAGACAAAUCCUUUCAAAUUAGGAAUAUCAACACCUAUUAAGGUUUGUUUUGUUCAACAUCACAGGUAUGAAAGACACUUUGAGGAAAUGUUGUUUGUAUUGUAACGUCUAUGUGUGGUUUUUAAUACACGUAUUAUAAUAUAAAUAAACGACAGAUUUAUAUUAUAAGGAUGUAAUAUUAAUAAAUAUAAUGGAGUUUUAACACGGUUGAUAUAUACACCACGUAACAAUAUCGUGUUUAACCUAAAACUUACUUCAUUGAUGCAUCAGUGUCCACUAACUUUAGUAAAUUCUUCUUUGUUUCUGUAGGUGAACUAUUGUCAAACAAGUUUUCGAACGAGUGGAGAUAUAUAAAUGUUCCUAGAUUAAAUGGUGAUUGAGAACCAUUACCAAAACAUAAUACAUGCUUAUAAUUAACUAUCAAGAAAUAAAAUACAAGAUCAUGGCGACUUUCACUAAGUUGUCGUGGUACUUAAUUAGACAUAAAAUAUUAAACUAACCAAUAACACUAAAAUGUUUGUACAUAUUAAAUUAAGUAAAAAUGAUUACUCCUUUUUCAAGAUGGCAAGGAAGCUGAGGUUGAGUUAGUUGGAAGUGUGGUGUGCUUGCAUAGAAAAUGCAAAGAGUCCACUCUCUCACCUAGAUUCACCGACUAGAGACUUGGAUGGUUUCUUAAGCUUUAGAUUAGUCACUUGGAUCACAAACUCAACUACCAAUCAUCUACUUACAAAUAGACUAGAAAAGAAACCAUCACCUCCUAUAAAUAAUGCCAAAGAAAAAGAAAAAGAAAAAGAAGGAGAGAGAUAAGAAACAAAUGAAAGAAAACAAACGAAAGAAAAAGUAGAAUAUAAGGGAGACACACAUCAAUAAUCCAUCUCCUCUUCUACUUUGCUUCACUUUCCAUCUAAGCCCCUCAUUUUUCUCCUUUUUCUUGAACACUUGCCUACCUCUCCCUCUCCUCCUUCUUUGGCAUAUAUCAAGCAAAGCAAAAGUGACCAAAUUAAGAAAAGAGGCCAAGAUCUGGUAGUGUGUGCCAUUGAGGUUUUUGGUCAUAUGGGCUCUUCAGGGAACCAAAAUCCUUGGGCACCAUAUGACAAUUACAAAGAUUGUUCUCAAGGAAUUUGCAGCAUCUACUGUCCACAAUGGUGCUACAUCCUUGGCCCUCCUCCCCCUCCUUUUGAUUUUGCAGAAGCUGAUGACAGCAAAGACUCUGCUACAGAUUUCUCUCCUCUAAUUAUAGCAGUCAUUGGCAUCUUUGCAAGUGCUUUCAUUUUAGUCACUUACUACACCAUCAUAUCGAAAUAUUGCCGGCGAAGAGAUAACGAUGGCGGCAGAGACAUAGACAUGGAGAAUUCGAAUCCAAACCAAAUUAGUGAAUCAUGGCAAGGCUCAACAACUGGCCUUGAUGAGUCUCUGAUCAAGUCAAUCAAAGUUCACAAGUAUAAGAGAGGUGACAGCCUUGUAGAAGGCACAGACUGCUCUGUUUGCCUAAGUGAGUUCGAAGAAAAUGAGAGCCUGAGAUUAUUGCCAAAGUGCAGCCAUGCUUUCCAUGUUCCUUGCAUUGAUACUUGGUUCAAAUCUCACUCUAGUUGCCCGCUGUGCCGGUCGAAUAUUGCUGCUCCUGCCAUAGCUUUGGUGCCUCAUCAUCAUCAACAAGUGCUGUCUCCAGUUCAAGAGAAUCCACAGCAGGAGCAAAAUGCGACUGCUUCAGAAUACCAGCACAGAAGCCAUGCAAGUGUUUUGGUUGUCCAAGAUUUGGAAGAGGUUGUAAGUCUUGCAAAUGAUCAUGUUGUUCCAAAGACCACAACUCAAGAUAUUGUUAGAGAAAGGGCUCACUUGGAUAAUACAGUGAACAGUUGUGAGAUUGGACAAGAUGGGAUCCAGCAAUUGAGGAGAUCAGCUUCUUUGAAUUGUGUUUCCAUUGCUGAUGUGUUGCAUUUACAUGACUGUGAAGAUGAUGAGGACUUGGAGAACCAGAUGGAAAAUGUCCAAUUUUCCAUGGGAAUUGGAUCCUCAAAUAGAGUAGCUGAGGAAGAGAAUUCCAAAUCCGACAACCAUAGAAGUGGAGUUUUCAGCUUGGUGAAGGGUCCUCUUGUGUUGAAGAGAUCAACUUCAACAGGGAGAUUUGUGUUCACAAGGUAUGGAAAGGAAAAGAAUUCUAUAACUCCUAAUUAAAACCAUUCGUUUCCCCUUUUCAAAAUUAAUCUGUAAAACCACAAUUUCUUCUUCUUUCGUCUUUGUACCAUAUUUUUAUACACACAAAGAGAGACCCUGCAUACAAAUAUGAGACUAAUUGACUUUCAAAACCUAUAUGGUUAUGUCCAUAAGCGCUUGAUCUAGUGCUAUUUAGUCUCUAAUUUGUUUGUUUGAGGAGGUCUUCAAUUCAAAUCUCAUGAACCGACGUGGUUGAAUAAAAUUAUUCAUUAACUCCUA